AUGCUGUACUUUCUACAUAGGCCUUUUGUGGCCCUUGCUAGUACUGUUGGUGCUGCUCCAGACGAUCUCAAGCUCGUUACCUCAUUUUUGAUAUCCUUUCCCCUUGCGGCCCUUCUUAAAAGAAUUCCCGAUUCUAAGCCACAACUCAAGAACCUUUUUAGCAUCGGUGUAUCCCUCUUCUACCUCGUUGGCCUGUUUGACCUUUGGGAUGGCGCUCGAACUCUCCUCAUCAGUGCAGGCGGCACAUACUGCAUCGCCAAAUACCUCCGAACGAGCCCAUAUAUGCCAUGGAUAGGCUUCGCUUUCGUCAUGGGCCACAUGUCCAUUAGCCACAUCGCCCGUCAAUCAGUCAACGACCCAUCGAGUGCCGACGUUACAGGUGCCCAGAUGGUGCUUCUCAUGAAGCUGAGCGCGUUUUGUUGGAACGUUGCUGAUGGCCAGCUCCCAGAGGAGCACCUAUCUGACUUUCAGAAGAGGAACAUGCUUAAGGAGCUGCCUCCUGUAUUGGACUAUGCUGGCUGGGUGCUGUUCUUCCCUGCGCUCUUUGCCGGUCCUUCUUUCGAUUUCGUCGACUAUCGCAAGUGGCUCGACACGACCCUCUUUGACGCACCAAACGUCGACCCCUCGAAGAAGGCUCCCGUCAGGAAGAAGCGAAAGAUUCCUCGAAGCGGUACUCCUGCGGCUUGGAAAGCCGCAAGCGGCCUCUUCCUCAUCGCCAUGUUCAUGGGUCUUGGUGGUUCAUACUACCCUACAUUGCUCACUGUCGACACUUUCAUGAACUACGGUUUCCUCCGCCGUAUCUGGAUCAUGCACAUGGUUAGUUUCACCGCACGACUCAAGUACUACGGCGUUUGGUACCUUACGGAAGGCGCUUGUAUCCUCACGGGAAUGGGUUACAAUGGUGUUGACCCUGCCACGGGCAAGGUCUUCUGGAACCGUUUGCAAAACAUUGAUCCCUGGGCUGUCGAGACAGCGCAGAACCCGCGUGGAUACCUUGGAGGAUGGAACAUCAACACGAGCAACUGGCUGAGGAAUUACGUCUAUUUGCGGGUUACGCCCCGAGGCAAGAAGCCCGGCUUCCGUGCUAGUCUGAUGACCUUUGGCACCAGUGCUCUGUGGCACGGAUUCUACCCUGGAUACUAUCUCAGUUUUGUUCUCGCAAGCUUGAUUCAAGACUCCGCGAAGCACUUCCGUCGUCAUGUUCGACCCUUCUUCCUUGAUCCUAUUUCUGGCAACCCCUCGCCCAAGAAGAAAUACUACGACAUCGCAUCCUACUUCGUCACACAGCUCACCUUUACCUUUGCAACAGCUCCGUUCCUCGUCCUUACAUUCCAGGGCUCAUUGCUUGCGUGGUCCCGUGUUUACUUUUAUGCGGUUGUUUGGACUGUUGCCUCCCUCGUCUUCUUCUAUGCUCCUCCCAGUAAAGCCUUUCUCAAAACACAACUUGAGAAGCGCCAAGGCCGUGCUAAUGCCAAGCUCAAGCACUCCAUCUCAACGGAUAGUUUGACUGGCAAGGAUCCUAUACUGGGCAUUUCCAAGGACCCCGAGGAGGAUGUCCAUGAGGCUGUAGUGGAACUUAGGGCAGAGAUGGAGAUGAGGCGGAGAAUGGGUCUGCCCAUACCGAAAUAG